AUGACGACUUUGGCAUCUCAACCACAAACCUCGGCCUUCCGUCCGACCACCAUACAGGAUGGCCAGUCUGUCGCCCUGUUCCGUUCUGCUGGUGACGCCGCUCCUCCCCAGCUAAAGAGGUCCUUUGGCUCGUUAGACAGUGUAAUCGACGACCACCUCUCGCCCGUAUCAGCAGCAUCUCCAGAGGAAGCACCACCCGGCAAGAUGGCCAUCCCUCGAGCCGUGAAGCGUCCCUGCGACGACUCGACUGUCGCCAAUGGUCCACUCAGCAGAGAAAUCACCCUCAAGCCUCGACCAAAACCCGGUCGCAAGCCCAUGGCCGAUCAGAACGACUCGUCGGACAAGCGGAAGACACAGAACAGAAUUGCACAACGCCACUUCCGCGACCGUCGUGCUCAAAAGUGCAACGAUCUCGAGAUCGAGAAUACACAGUUGAAGGAAACCCAUCGUGUUGAGAUGUCCUCGUUGCGGGAACAGCUCAUGCAACGUGAUGCACACAUUGCAGCUCUCUUGGCGGAGAAGGUCGAUGCCGUUGCUGAGAGGGCCCGCGUCGACUCAGAGUGUAAUCAACUCAGAGAACGUAAUGCCGUGCUGCAGAAGGAAAUUGAUGCCGCCAAGCUCCAUCAUGCUAAUGCUCAUGCUUCCCAUCCUCAGCGUUCCGGGCUUGCAUCAAACUUUGUGUCAUCAGUCCAUCAAAUACUCACACCUCCAUCCGACAACGACCCCCACGAUGAGUAUGAAGUAGACUUCACAAACAUCUACGCAACCCGCAAACCAUCCGCCUUCGCCUCCGGCCUCGGCACAGACGAACACUGCGGUUUCUGCAGCGACGUCGAGAACUGCAUCUGUCGCCAACAGGAAGAGCUCAACAACAAGAGCCUUCCUAGCCUUCCUCCCAUUGAUUCAUCACGCGCCGUCACUCAAGUCAAACCUCAUUCUGAUGUCACCACCCCUAGUUUCCUUGAAGCGCGCACCGAGGCUUCAGGACCAGGUACUUGCGACAUGUGUCUCGCUGACCCCGAGAAAGCCCGCCAAUGCCGCGAACUCGCCGAAGUCGCCUUCAAAGAACAAGAGGCUUCUUCCUCUUCUGCCCCUGCAGAUGCAUCCCCCUCAAAGGGCGUUGGUACAGUAACCCUCCGCCGCCUCAAACAACUCAACACUGCGAAACCUUCCUCUCAGCAGCAGCGAACUUCCUGCAGCGACUUCUUCCAACAAGCUCAACAGAGGAAUGUCAGAUUGAGGCGCGACGACUAUCAGCAAAUCAAACAUGUGUAUAGGUUUGAGGGCAGAUCUGAGCAUUCGCCUUAUAUGGAGAUGGAUACGCAGGAUGCCGCUCAUGCUUUGGCUGCGCUGAGCAGACAGGAUACCAGGUCUGGGAUGGAUCGCCAAGCUUAA